GACACACGGCCGACACUUCAUUCAUUUUCCCAUCCGAACUGUUCGUUUCAUUGCUUCUUAUGCGAGUUGUCUUGUGCAUUUUUUUACACUGCACGGACUUGAUUCAAUACAUUUUUUUGAAUCUAUUGGUGAUAAAAAGGAUUCAUCUGUGCGUUAACGUUCAGUAAGGAAACGGACUGCACACGAUCUCUAAAACGAUUUCUUAUUGAGCUUUGCUUUUUUUUCCAAUGGGAUGGAGUGCUGCUUCGGAUUUACAGUAUAGCUCGCCACCUUUAAAAACAUUUUGACUGUAGGUGCACAGGAAGAUGAUGCGCGCGAUAUAACGCUGAUCGAUCGAAAAGCAUGCUUAUGUAUAUUAUCAUGGACCUGGAUACAAAAGAUGAAUCAUAGCUAAAAAAAAAAAAAAUCAGACACCGCGGAUUAUACUUUGAGAUGAAAGCAGAUGCAUAUCCAAGAAGCACCGUGAGGUGUGUUUCCGUUUCAGCAUCCUUAAAACGCCGGUAAUGUGGCACUUGGAUUGAUCAAACUAGCCGCCUUUUUGAAUGAUCAAAAUGAUCCUUUUCCGCAAAUUUCGCGUGUUGCUUCUCAUGGUCUUUCUCGUAGCGUGCACCAUGCACAUCAUGAUAGACUUGCUGCCCAAACUGGAAAAGAGAGCAGCGGGAGCGGACCCCGCAAACUCGGGUUGUUCUUGUGCGCACGAGCCGAGCGAGGCGCCCCGCGGCCGGGGCAAACAGCAGCAGCAGCAGCCCCAACAGCAGCGCGCGAGGUCCGGCGCACCGGUGGAAGCGAGCUGGCCCAGCAAGCACACACUCAGAAUCCUGCAAGAUUUCAGCCAAGAGCCCAGCUCGAACCUUAGCUCACAGUCUCUGGAGAAGGCGGCGGCCACCGGAGACAAGACGGAUCCGAUUCGAGGAGCGCAGCAGCGCGGGACGGAUUCAGACAGCCCGAGGAGGCUGAUGAAGGAGGCGGCAAGUGGAGGCAGGCAGACUAACAGGGGCGCCUCCAGACUCGCAUCUCUCUACCAACACCCGCUUUAUAAAAGCGAGCUGCCGCUGCUCACCGACGACGACACGCUGUUCAGCGUCAACACGGACAUACGAUUUUAUUCCAAAGCCACCGGAAACCAAGAAUGGCACCAUGAGGGUAAUGAAGAGGAGUACAACCCAACCGGGGAAGCCACUGCUGAAUCAUACCCUAACUGGCUUCGCUUUCACAUUGGGAUUAACCGCUAUGAGCUUUACUCCAGACACAACCCUGUAGUGGAGGCUUUGCUCAAAGACCUUCAGGCCCAGAAGAUAACAAGCGUAGCUAUGAAGUCUGGUGGCACUCAACUGAAACUCAUCAUGACAUUUCAGAAUUAUGGCCAAGCUCUCUUCAAGCCGAUGAAGCAAACCAGAGAGCAAGAGACCCCACCAGACUUUUUCUACUUCUCUGACUUUGAGAGGCACAAUGCCGAGAUUGCAGCAUUUCAUCUCGACAGAAUUCUAGAUUUCAGACGAGUUCCUCCGGUGGCUGGUAGACUGGUAAAUAUGACUCGGGAGAUUCGAGAUGUGACCCGGGACAAGAAGCUCUGGCGGACAUUCUUUAUCUCUCCAGCCAACAACAUUUGUUUCUACGGUGAAUGCUCUUACUAUUGCUCCACUGAACAUGCCCUAUGUGGCAAACCUGAUCAGAUUGAGGGCUCACUGGCCGCCUUUCUGCCUGAUCUGGCCCUCGCCAAGCGCAAGACCUGGAGGAACCCCUGGCGUCGCUCAUACCAUAAGCGGAAGAAAGCUGAGUGGGAAGUGGAUCCAGAUUACUGUGAUGAAGUAAAGCAGACUCCACCCUAUGACCAUGGCACCCGUCUGCUGGAUAUCAUGGACAUGACCAUCUUUGACUUUCUAAUGGGCAACAUGGAUCGUCACCAUUAUGAAACUUUUGAGAAGUUUGGCAACGAGACAUUCAUCAUCCAUCUGGACAACGGCAGAGGAUUUGGAAAACACUCACAUGAUGAAAUGUCAAUCUUGGUGCCCUUGAGUCAAUGCUGCAGGGUGAGGAGGUCCACCUACCUGCGCCUGCAGCUGCUGGCUAAGGAGGAGUACCAGCUGAGCUCACUGAUGGAGGAGUCUCUUUUGCGUGACCGCCUUUCUCCCAUACUCAUUAGGCCGCACCUGCAGGCCCUGGACCGGCGCCUGCGCCUGGCUCUAAAUGUGCUGGUCGAGUGCGUGGAGAAGGAGGGCUACAGCACUGUAGUUGAGGACGAUAUGGAGCAUUUUCAGACCUCUUGGGCGAGGUAGUGGAACCUGGACCUAUAACACCAUGAGGCUCGGGCACAUCGUGCUUGAGACACGUUUGAAUUCAGUGAAUUCAAAGAGACUCACCACUAAUGCCUCUCAAAUGACACUCUGCAUAUGGAUAUGUCUGGUACGUCUACAGACCUACAUAGUCUUUAAGACUUUAGACCAGAGGCAUUACGGAAAGAGGUCCAUUUUCUUUUCUUUUGAUGUUACCCACAAGCACAGGGGAUUGUAUAUCAUGUUUAUUUGAUUUGUUUCUUUUUACUUUUAAAGUCCAAGGCUUGCAUUUUAGCCAUGGUGAAAGCUGCAGCACAUGUUGUUAUACUUUGUUAUUUACUCUGUUAUACUCUGUUUCUUAUUAAGUGAUUGGUUGUGCAAAAUAAAUCAUUCAUUUUGCACAUUUGUAUUAUUUUAGUAUACUGUAUUAAUGAGAUGGUAGAUGUACAAAGAUGUUUAGUAGAAGCACAGAGAAACCUUCGCCCGAUAAUGCAGUGAUCACCUGUUUUGUUGUAGUAUAAAAGCCUGUUCCUUGAUCCUGCUAAUCUAACAGACUGGUUCUCUGGAGAAGACAUGUUGAAUAAGGUUUCAGGCAGAAUUCCAUUUAAAGAACAAAGCAGAUGAUCACUGCAUUAGCCAAUAUGAUGCAGGAACGGGAGCUUAACUUUAUUUACUACAGUUAGCAUUGGACUUAUAGAUAUAUUUAUGGUUGCCAAUUUAUUUUCUUUGUAGCCAACUGCGCUCUGCGUGUGAUAUAUUUUGCCUAAAGAUACAUUUUAAGCUUUAAGAGUAGUACUGCAGCGCAGUGCUGCUCCUGAUGAGGACUUGUAAACAACGCCUGUCCUAUCUUUGUGUGAUAAGUUUUGUUUUUUUCUAUUUGCUUUCAAAAGCUUACAUAGACGCAUCAAGUUGAAAUUCUGUGCAAUCCAGUGUUAAGUAUUUUUUUCCCCUCCAUGUUGUGAACUCUGCAAUUCCUCUCUCAUUAGAGCUAUUCAGCGCAGGAGUAAGCAUGACAUUUAGGGUUAUACAAAAAUGCACUCUUGGUAGGAACUUGGUUGAAGAGUGCAGGAUGACUGUAAUUGGUGUUUUUUGUUUUGGCACUGCCUCCCGUCAGCGACACCAUGCUGAAUGCACCUGUUUCCCCGGCAUGGGGAGCAUUUGCUGCUCUCAGAUGUCAUGCUGCCAUGGUUUGUUAAUUCUGUGUCCUUUUCUGUGCCAUAGAUGGGCAAGCUGAUCCUUUCUAACUGACUGCACUCUUGGUUCUUUUUGCAAUACAUCAAUUAGUGUGAGGAAUACACAGCUCUGCAUCAGUGUGUGUACUGUAUAUAAAGCGUUUGCCGUUUUGUAUAAAGAAGCAAAUUAUCUGUAUCUCUAGAUUUGUUACUAGACAUUUUUUAACAUAUUAUGUCACUGUCUUCACAAAUAUUUUAGGCUUUCUCUUUUCUUUCAGAUUCGGCAUAACAAAUUUAAGCAGUCUUAACCACUAGUUGUGAAUUGUUUCCCAAACUAAAACCUGAAGCCAAGAGAGUGCUCUUAUCAUUCCUCAUACUGACAGGGAAAAAAACAAGAUUUGUUCCAUUUAAUGUUCUAUUUCAAGACACUAUGGGCCAUAUUCAGAGUUAAGCGUUAAUGAUGAUUAAUAUUUGCAAUAAAGCCAAAACAUUGCCAAAACAAAAUCAAUCUUUUAAUAAUUUAAACAACUAUUAAUCAAGAACUGGUAAAAGCUCAUAAAAUGAAUUUCAUGACCUUGAUUUAACACCUUCAUGCAAAAAAAUAAAUAUAUAAAUAAAUGAAAAACUUGGAAAUGUGCUGGAUCAAAUGCUGUUUUGUAAGCUUUGUUUUGUUAAAUUAAACUAGAUUUGCAGUAUUUUUUUUUUAUAAUUUUUAUUUAAAUUAUGCCUGUUCAUGCAGAAUUAUACUAGACCCCUAUAAGAUGUUAGAAUGCUUGCAAGUUUAACAUAUAUUAUCACAUUAGUAAUUUAUAUUUUUUGUUGUUAAAUUAUGUUACAAGCAGAAUGGUGGCGUAGUGGUUAGCAUUGUGGCCUUGCACCUCCAAGGAUGAGGGAUUGAAUCUUCCCUUGGGUCAGUAUGCGUAAAGCUGGCAUGUUCUCCCUUGAGCUGGGUUUCCUCCAGGAGCUCCGGUUUCCUCCCACAUUCCAAAGAUAUACAGUGUAGGCUAAUUGGUGUUCCCAAAUUGCCUGUAGUAAGUGAGUGUGUGCCUGCUUUUGUCCUGUAAUUGAUUGGCCGUAUGUCCAUAGUGUACCCCACCCUUUGCCCUGAGUUUCCUGGGAUGGGCUGCACUGUAUAUAAACAGUAUAGAGAAUAAGUAAGGGGAAAUUAUGUUACAUCACUUGUAACUUGUAUGCUUAUUCUCAAGCUUAAAGGCCAAUGUUCAGUCAUGAUGGUCGAGACAAUAUCGCAAAUCUCUGUCUUAGACACUUUAUAGGAGAAAUAAUGAACCAUGUAUGGGUAACUUGCAUAACCUGUAUGGGAUGGCAAAGAAAUUAAAAAUAGCGUAUGCAUAAUUUGAGGCUGAAUAUGCGUAACUUUCCAACUUAGACUUGUCGCCCUACUCUGAAUACGGCCCUAUGUGCGCUUGUUUGUUAUAUUAUAUUAUAUUAUAUUAUAUUAUAUUAUAUUAUAUUAUAUUAUAUUAUAUUAUAUUAUAUUAUAUUAAAGUGUCACAUUAUUAUUCACAAACCUCUA